UUAAAUGUUACGUGUAUGAAUAUAAAUACAUUGAGAGCCCAAAGAAUUGGACUGAAGCUCAGAAAUACUGCAGGAAGAAUCACACUGACUUGGCCACAGUGACCAACAUGACUGAUGUUAAGAAACUUAAUCAAACAGCAAAACAAAGACCAGCUUGGAUUGGUUUGAAAAAAUACACAAACAGCAAAGAAACAUGGCACUGGUCUCUACCUGGACUGAGCUUCAUUAAGGAGGAGGCAUAUUGGAGUUAUGGUGAACCAAAUAAUCAUGAAAGUGAGCUGUGUGUAUUUUUAAGGGAGAACUUGACCUGGGUUGAUGAUUACCAGUACUGCACCAUGGACCAACGUUUUAUCUGCUACAAUGAAACUAAUCCAACUCAGAAAUUCCAUCUAAUAGAGACGCCUCUGAACUGGACCAACGCUCAGCGUUACUGCAGAGAGAAUCACACAGACCUGAUCAGUGGACGACAGCAGCUGGAUCAGUUGAACCAAAGCCUGUAUAGUGAGACUAGGGAGAAGCUGCAUGACCAAAACAUACCCCGUGUUUUCAUUGGUCUGUUCAGUGACAUGUGGGCGUGGUCAGAUGAAAGCAGCUUCUCCUUCAGAUACUGGGAUCCACAGAGUGACAGGGAUAAAAGUUGUGCUGUUUUAACAAACAAAGGAAUGUGGAGCACAGAUGGAUGUGAUCAAGAAAAACAUUUCAUUUGUUAUGAUGAUCAUGUGAUCCUGAUCAAAGAGAGCAGGACCUGGGAGGAGGCUUUAUACUACUGCAGACAUCACCACCAUGACCUGGUCACCAUCACUAACAUGGAUGAACAGAGAUGGGUCCAGGAGAAAACCAAGAAUGCCUCCUCUCCCUUUGUGUGGACUGGACUGCGCUACACCUGCUCUCUGGGGUUCUGGUUCUGGGUCAGUGAUGAGGUGGUCCACUACAAGAACUGGGACUCACCUGAACAGGUGAAUGAGUGUGACAUGUCAGGAGCCAUGGAGACAGGAGGAGAACACAAGUGGUUCAAGAAACAUGAUGAGGAGAAGUUCAACUUUUUCUGUUCAAAGUAGAAAUCAGUUCACUGAUGACAGGUCAUUUAUUUACUAGUUUGUUGGAUUUGGUGCAGUUAGUUCUGUAGAUUGUUAUUUUCUGAUCUUUUACUUUAAACACAUCAUACAAAUAAUGCCUUGUUUUGAUUUGUGUGUAAAAUAUUGGCAGAAUUGUAGUCUUUGUCACUUCUGUCCUGUUCUUUGUGAUUAACACGAAGUAACAGAUAUUGAAUAAAGCUGCCUCAAGAUUUAAUUCCCAAAAUGUAACAAUUAAAAUUAGUGUACUAGUUUCACAAUUGACAAAAACGAAAAAAGUAAAUGGACUUUUGAAAACUGAACUACAAACAUCCUUAUUAUUUUUGAAGGAGCAGGUGCGAAUCUUUGGGCUGCAGGGCUCUCUACUGUUUGAAGCAUGUCACUGCAAGACUUAACAUUUUUGUACUUUAUGUCUUUCUAAUAUGGGCUGCCGUUAGUAAGGUUAAAUAGUAAAAUAACAGCAUAUUUUUUGUUACUUUGCGUGUUUUAGGAAAAAAAAACAGCCUUUAUUUUUCAAAUGCAUAUUUUUAGCUUUGAAUGAAAGCCCAUGUUCAAGCUUAAUAUUCUGCUGUAAAUUAGGAUUUUUCACAAUCAAGAUGUAAAAUGAUUGCAGAAUUUUUCUGUCCCCCUUCCUCUCUCUAAAAUAGUGUUUAGAUUGUUCAUGAGAAGGCAUUUGUGAAUCUCUGUUUUUGCCUAUAUCCAUUGCAUUCAAUGUAAAAGUCAUUCAUGUAAGUAUUCUGUUUUCGUCACGAAUUCAAUGUCGUUUUUACUGUACCCCAGAGUGUUCACAGGGCUGGGCCUCCUAAAGGGGGAGUACAAGAUAAAACUCAAAGAAGGUGCUAAACCUUAUGCCUUGUCGCUGCCCAGACGAGUCCCUUUGCCCUUAUAUGACAAAGUAAAGGCAGAGUUAGAAACAAAGGAGAAUAUGGGAGUGAUUGAGGCCAUCGAGGAACCAACA